CCUGAUGCUGCGGUAGAUGCGCUCGGCGCGAAAUACCCCUCGUUAUACCGCUGUUGUUGCUGCUGUUGCUGCUGUUGCUGCUGUUGUUGAUGUUGUUGACAUCUUUGCUGUCCCUGUGGUUGAUGAAGCUGCUUGUUGUUGUUACUAUUGUUACCACAACCACUACCGGCAGGAUGCGACGACGACGAGAAGCGUGCGGGUGCAGCCGCAGCAGAGGCGAGUUCGUUGUCGGGGCUACUCGUAGCCGUCGUUGUUGCUGUUGUUGUCAAAGCAGGAGGAGGGCAGAUCGAAGGAGACGGAGGUGGGGAGGAGAGAAAAGAGGACGAAGACAGUAAGGAUGGG